CUGAGACGCAAAGUGCGCUGCUGUCCGUGUUGAGUCCACUGAGAGGAGCAGAGGACAGGAGGCAGGGGGGGUCCGGGACAUGUCUGUGUUUGCGGCUCUGAAUUAAACUGCUCCUGCUGCACCUGCACCUGGUAUGACAACUGCGCGUGCAGUUUUGGGUGUGACAAACAUUUCGCGCGCGCGCGUGUGUGUGUGUGCCAGGUUCGGGCAUUAUCCAGGCUGAGUGGAGGCGCGGAUGACUUGACUUUAUUGUAGCAGCAUCACCAUCACUCCUCCUUCUGAUGUGUUUUGGACGUGUUCUCAGCGGUUUGUCUGUCCAGACCAGAUGUUCUGGACACACACACACACGCGUGGCUGCCGCUGCGGAUGUCCACUGAUUCAUCUGCUGAUGUAGAGCUGCACGAGGGGCUGAAGUUGGAAGUCUCGCUCUUGAAGGUGUGAGCUCCAAAUGCAUUCGCUCCUGGGCCGGGAGAAGAAAGAAGAAGAAGCCGGGUUUGGGAUCGAUCUGGGUCUGUCUCCGGGCUUUCUGCCCCACGCUGCCACCAUGUUCAGCUGUGUGGGCUGCUUCUGGGUGCUCCUCUCCUCCGCUCUGGUCGCCGUCUGCAGUUUCAGCUUCAUAUCCCCUGCCUGGAUUGUUAAGGACCAGCUGAGGAACAAUCACCACCAUCACCAUCACCACCACACCAACAAGGACUCUGUGAGCUUCGGUUUGCUGUGGCACUGCUCGGAGUCUCUGGAUCACAUGUACCGAUGCUACACCUUCGGGGGACUGGGCAAAUUCGCAGAGAUCCCCUCCAGCUCCUGGCAGACCAGUGCGGUGCUGUGUUCGGGAGGCUGUGCUCUGCUGGCUGUCAGCUCCCUGUUGGCCAUCAUCACCAUCUUCCUGCCCAGCGGAGGAUGUGAGAGGAGGAUCUGCACCUUGGCUGGAUACAUGCAGAUGGCUGCAGUGUUCAUCAUGGCUGCCGGACUGCUGGUCUACCCCUUCGGCCUGAACUCCUCGCUGGUCAGGUCCUUCUGCGGGGACUCUGACAUCUACUAUGCCGGCGAGUGCCAGAUUGGCUGGGGUUACAUGCUGGCUAUUGUCGGAGUCAUGCUCACCGUCUUCUUGCCCUUUUUCGCCAAAUAUGCGCCGAAGGAGCAGCUGUCCCCCACCCCUCUACCCACGCUGUUAUAGUGCAGUGAUACGAUGUCUUGGGUUUUUUUUCUUCUCCCCUCCUGACCACUCUCUAACCUGGGCUAGAUGUCAUGGAGAGACACCCGCAUCCCGUUUAUAGAGGCGAUGCUGUUUGGGACUCAACAACAAACGCUGUCUUCCUGCAUCUGUCGUGUAACUAACUCAGUUAAUUUAGAUGGAAUGUUUUAUGUUACAGUAAUUUCUGCAGUUAUUAUGUUUUCUUCACGUCAGUUCUGGAGAUGAUGCAGUCAGAAGAUGCAAGGACCUCGCCUCACAUGAUUUAAGAAAAUGACCACAAACAUAACAAGUACUUGCAUUAAAAAAAAAAAAAAAAAAGUGUCUUUAUCCCUUUCUUUCUUUCAUGGGUAACAAGUCGACGUGCGUAACAUUCCAAAACAGACUGGCCCUGUAAAGAGAGUGGAAGCAUGAGAUUAUGCGGCAGUUUGAUUCGUCCAAUCAAAUUUUUGAGGAAGAGGUUUUGAAGAACUUUUGACUCAAUGAGAGAGUCACUUUGAACUGACAAAGACUGAGAAUAUUAAUGGAAGGAGCUGCAUCUACUGACGAUGUACUGUGCUGAAGCGACUGUACAUAUGGUCUGGAUUUAACAGAGCUGAAAAAUACCACGUUAAAAAGAGAAAUUUGAUGCUUUGAAGGAUUGUUGCUCUGCAAACUUUAUCUGCCUUCCAGCCUUGUGACCAGGCAGUGAACCAGUGGGAGUCAGGAAGAUGUUUGAGCUUUCAAAGACAGUGCAUUUAGUGACGAAGAAAGGACUUACACAGCUUCAGACCUGCCGAGAGGACAGUAACAAGGAAGUGAAUCGUACUAAUACGUAGUGGUUUCAGAGUAGAGUUGUCAAAAAUGUUGGAAUACUGCAUCCUUUUGUUAACCUUUUCCCCCAGAAUUGUUUGUGUAACGUAACCUGCUUGUUAAACAUGGGCAAAUGUUUUCUGUCUACAACACACACUACUAAACACUCUAAUUCAGGAAAAAAAAUGAUUGCAAAAGGCAGGGAGAUGUGGGAAUUUUGUCAAAAAAUGCAUGAUAAGAUGGGCUUUGUUAAUGGUAGAACAAUUGAUCUAGAUUUUAAAUGUGAUCUGACCAACUUGUGCCUUUUAACAUAACCAAGACAAGUGUUUAAUAUCAGGUUAUCAUCUUUUUUCUGCUGAAAAACUGUGGCUCCUGUUGUGUGAUGUGUUUUUAUUUCCCCUGUUAUAUUUCUUCCUCUCAGAAGUCUUUCUCCUGUACUUGAUGCAGUAUGAUCUCAUUAACUUGAGAAAAUGUUCUGGAGGAUUUAAAAAAAAGAUGAUGUCUUCUAAUCCUUGGAGGUAACAGCAGAGACACGACGAGAAGGGAAAAAAAAGGAAAGCGGUGUACUUGUGUUCAAUUAUGCCCUGAGACAUUUUUGCCAAUUAUCUAGAAGAGGUAAAUCACUUGAAUUGCGAUAUUAAAAGGUUGUGACAUGCAGCUAACAGAUUAAUUCCUGGCAUCCGUGUCUUGCGUGAUUUAGAAAUUGAAUGGCAGAGGAGGGAGCUGUAUAAAUUGAACUUCGCCUUUGGUUAUCUGUGCUGAGCUGAAACAUUAUUCACGUUAUGUGUAAGACGUGGCUUAAAAUAAUUAGCUCCUCAAGUAAGCUAAUGUGUUGCUGUGUUUGCGUCAAUCCACUUCUCCUUUUUAAGUGCUGGCACCAUUCCUGUCAUGUUCCAAGGACAAAAUGUCUCCACUUACUCUCCCUGUACACUGCCAAUUUCAUCAAGCUAGACUCCAUUUUCUAGUGGGUGUUUAUGUGCGUAUUAGUGUUGAAUAAUGGGUUGGAUUUUUUUUUUUAAAUAUUUCCCAAAUUUGGGUUCCCAUAAUGACAUUUCCUGACGUUAAAGGGAUAGCCUGGAUUUUCUGAAGUGAGGUUGUAUGAGGUUCUUAUCCAUAGUCAGUGUAUGACAUACAGUAGACAUCGAACUGUCUGCCAUGAACGUUUGACUGGUGCAAAAGAAAAUGGGAAUUGUUGUUGGUUGUUACGUACACGUAAGUUGGGCCGUAUAUGUCACAGCCACUACUUUGAGAACUCAAUUUUUACAUAUAUUUUCCUGAUCAAACAGAAAAAUACAACCCAACACAGGCUAUCAAAGUUUCUCUCUUUCACCCAAAAGGCCACCGAAAAAAAACCGAAUCAGUUAAAGUGCGUGCUUUAUUUAGAAUAUUUUCAAAGCUUUACCAUGUUGUCAGACAGCUGUUUAAUAUGGAGAACUUAAGUUGUUAUAUCGCUCUCUUGAAAGCCACCAGACUCCUUUGACGAAAAAAGUGAUUUUACCUCGCAGAACACUGGAGUUGCUGGUCUACUGCCUCCUUGAAUCGGUUAGCUUGUGUUAUUGUGACUUUGGUGCUUUAAAGGGUUAGUUUGGAUUCGCCAAAGUCACACAGUAACGCAAAGAAACUAACCGAUCAAGGCAGCAGUAGAGCAGCAACUCCAGUGUUCUGCGAGGUAAAAUUACUGUUUAUUUGUCAGUGAAGUCUGGUGACGAUGAAGAGAUCACAGUUAGCAGUUUCCCAUCAGAAAGUGCUGUCUGAAAGCAAAGCAGUGAAAAUAUUAUAAAUAUAGUGUACAUGCUGAUAUUGAUUUUUUAAGGCAGCUAAAAUAGGCAUUGCUGCUGCCCUCAUCCACAGCAGUACAUUGCUUAGCUUCCAUGGCGGUAAUAGGGGUGAGCGAAAUGGCCCGGGGAACCAUCGCAGAGUUGUUAAUAAUUUCGCUUUCAGCCAUGCUUGUUGUUGCCGGUAACAGUAUGACGUCAACAUGUCAACAAGUCAGAAUAUCGCGAGUAUUACGAUCUGAAUUUUUCAUAUGCUAUUAAAAGUUAUACCAGUAUUAUCGUGACAGAGAUGAAAUGGCACACCCCUAGGCGGUACUUCUGUCUGCUUCUCCAAAAUUGGAGCGUGCAGACCGCCACCUACUGAAGGUAAGACACUGACUAUGGAUACGUACCUCAUAUAACCGCACUUCAAAAAAUCUGAACUAUCCCUUUAAAAAAGUUACUGUGAUUAUGUUGCCAUAUUUGAAAGAAAGUCAGGAGAGAAAAACGUUGGUAUUGUAUUGGACCUCAUACUGUGCUUGACUGUGGGAAUGACUGGCGUGACUGCACUGGACUUAUUCCCCUAUUUGUUGAACCAUUGUGUGUAAAGUCUCAGCACUGGUGAAAGUGUUUUGGUAGAGUAGAAUUCUUGUUUUUUCCAUUGUGAUGUUUGACUGUAAAUAAACUAACUGUACUUGAUAUCACAUGUUAUUAUUAACUGCCCCGUUUUUCAAAGAUAUAUUUUGAGAUAUUACCUCAUCGUGUUUGCUUUACCUGAAUUAACCUCGAAACAAUG